AUGUCAGCCCCUAUAAGAUAUCAGUAUCUUAUCUCAAGGUCUGGUGAUAUUGUAUUCUCCCUUACUGUUGGUACAUUGGCCUACUUUUUAAACGAAAGAGAUAACCCAAGAGCACAAAAUGGAAAGUCUUUAUUUGAGCUCGUAUCAAGAGCAAGACAAAGAAAGAUUAAUCAGAGAGAAGCUAACAGAAACCUGUAA